UCUCUGCUGACGACGUUAUCGCCGCCGCUGCUGCUCCCGGUGCUAGAGAAGGACGGGGAGGCGGCGACGUUGCAAUGCAAGGAGCCCAUGGUUCUGAACCAGUCAAACCAGGAGGCCUCAGCUGCGUCCAACAGACAUGAAGGCCUCGCGUUAUUGACGGCAAUUGCUGAAGACACUGGCUUCUGCAACCCUAGUCCUUUGCCAAAUCACUUGGCGUUGGAGAAAAGCCUCAUCAGCAAGAUCCUCGUUCUGAGAGAGGCUCUGGAUCUGCCAUGUCGAAGUUCAUGCGAUGCGUUGGAUCCGUUACUUCUGGAUACCCUGGAGGCUCUGAAGAUUACAUAUCCGAAAUGUUUAUCAGGCCUAUCAGGAAACCAUACAUCCUCUGAACAGCAGGGUCUUGUUCACCUCCGCAAAGUCCUCAUGUCAGUACAAGAACGCAGCCAAUUGAGUAACUUGGGCGUUGAGAAGCAAACAAUCAUAGAGAGCGAGAGCUUAGAUCGUGUAGGUGGGCAUGUCGCUAUGAUUUUUGAUCAGGUGAUUCCGGUGGCGAAAGAAAUCUUCAGUUUCAUGGAAAGCUCCACGAGUGCAAAAGCAGCAGCAGCAGCAGCAGUUCGUCCAGAAAAAAGAAGCCUCCCUCCUGCUCUCUGUCGCACCAGAUCUCUGGUGCACCGCAGAAGUGCCGGCCAUCAUCCAUCAGACAGUGCCGAGGUUGCAACACCUUGCCCAGACGGUGCAAUGAGGCACGCGAAACAAUUGAAAUUUCAGAAACCGGUGCCGAGGCAAGAGGCGGAUGAAGGCGGUUGCACCGGGGAGGGUGGCCAGACCAGCAGGCGUGAUCCACCGUCAACUCCUACCGGUGACUCUGUACUGCUACAGUCGACGCCGUCGUCUAUGUCCCCACAUCCACUGUCGGCGCCGCCACCCUCCCCCAUGCCCUUGCUGGGCAUGCCCAUGCUGCUGCAGUCGUUGGAGGCAAUGCAGCAAGAUGACAAUGCCUCCCCGGCAGUGGUGUCACCCCCAGACGCACAGCCUGCUAAGGUGGCAGCGCCGACGGCACAGCAAGACACGGUUGAUGUCGACGACUCUGCAAUCUCCGUGUCAAUGGAGGCAGGUCAGCCUAGCUCACCGUCAUCCAUGGACGGCAAUGCCGCCGUGCCAAGCGUACUGCCGCCGCCGCCGCCGCCACUUCCGGCGAACGGAGACAGAGUGCAAGGAGGACCAUCUACAGACAAACCCGCUGAGGUAGUGGCAAGCGCAUCGUCUCCGCCGCAAGGAGGGCCGCCUGCAAAUGUCUCACGAGCGCCGCCCCCUCCGCCUCCUGGAAACAUCUCGGCCGCGCUGCGCGCCAAGAAAGCGGGCAAGCUGAAACGGUCUACACAGAUGGGCACCCUGUACAGGCAUCUGCGGGACAGAGUGGAAGGCCCUUGUGCGCACGGCGGCAAGAGACAGACCGGGAACAAGCCCCGGACGCCGGGCGGGUCCAAGAGCGAAGCCGGCCAGGGCAUGGCCGAUGCGUUGGCGGAGAUGACCAAGAGGUCGGCCUACUUCCGGCAAAUCGAGGAGGACGCGGAGAACCACGCCGCGGCAAUCCUGGAGCUGAAGGACGCCAUCGGCUCGUUCGAGUCCAGGGACAUGGCUGAGCUAGUGAGGUUCCAUCAACACGUCGAGCAGCAGCUGGUGUGCCUGACCGACGAGACACAGGUGUUGGCGAGGUUCGAGGGCUUCCCUUCCAAGAAGCUGGAAUCGCUGAGGAUGGCGGCCGCGCUCUACUCCAAGCUGGAUGGCACCGUGUCGAAGCUCAAGGGCUGGAAGCUGGCUGCCCCCCUCUCGAAUCAGCUUGACAGAGUCGAGGGCUACUUCAACAAGAUCAAAGACGACGUGGACAUGAUAGAGCGGAACAAAGACGAGGAGGCGAAGCGGUUCCUGUCUCACAACAUCCACUUCGACUUCGCCGUGCUGGUCCGGAUCAAGGAGUGCAUGGUGGACCUAUCGUCCAACUGCCUGGAGCUAGCCUUGAAGGAGAGCAAGCAUGCCAGGGAGACGAGCGCAGUACAGUCGCCAGGUGCUUCUCCGCAGGCCGCAGCGCCGUCGAAGAUGCUGUGGCGGGUGUUCCAGCUGGCCUUCCGGGUGUACAACUUCGCCGGCGGCCAGGACGAGCGGGCGGACAGGCUGACGGCCACCCUAGCGCACGAGAUCGAGGCCCAUCCCCUCUAAACACCCUAGCUCAAAGCCUACAGUGUACGUACAUCCACGGAGGGAGUACCCAUCACGUGUACAGUACGGCCGUAUAAAUACACAUGGAGUUGGUCCUGCUUGCACUUUGUAUUGUACCACUACCACCUCGCGUCCCCAA